UUAUUCACUUCGUCGACUGAUACGACCAUAAAACGAUGGUUUCUUAAUGGACAAGAGACCUCUCAGAUUCCCAAAUCAAUGACUUACGAAGGACAUGAUCACUGCGUGCAAUCGAUAUAUCAAUUCAACCACCACCCGCGGACAUUAUACUCUGUUAGUGUAGAUGGAAAUAUGUAUGUUUGGGACACUGAGACAACUGAGCUCUUGACGAGUCUGCAGUUACCGGGAAGACCACGAGUAAUGAGAGGUAUAUCGAACGAUAUAAUCGCAAUAGGGAACCGAAGUGAAGAACACCUGUCCUUGUACAAAGUGACACCGAGUGGACUGGUGCAUUUGGACAACAACAAGGGAUUAAAUCAUACGAGCACCGUUUAUGCGUUAGCUUCGAAUGAGCACCUCGCACAUACGUUUGUCACGGGUACUUUCGAUGGUUCUACAGCAUUGUUUGAUACCAGAAGCAUGGAGUGUGUGGCUUCAUAUAGCGAUAGAAUUGACGCUUGCUCAG